CGCAGCGGAACAUGCUCCACCGCCUUGCGCUGCUCACGGCCCUCGCGUCGGCGGCCGAAUUUUCGUUCAGCAACAAGUGCAGCUACCCCAUCAACCUCCACGGCGGCGGCUCGGUGCACCUCUGCGACAUUGCGCCCGGCGCAACGACCAACUGCGGCGUGCGCCUCGAGGCCGGUCAACACGGGCUCUUCAAGCACACGGCGACAGACGAAGCCAACUUGGUCGAGUUUUCGCUCGUGAACACGCCGGGCUUCAACUUUGUGUGGUAUGACAUUAGCAACAUCCCGCCGGGCCCGGGCUUUUGCAAGAGCUACGACGACUGCAAGGCCAAGACGGGCGGCAAGUCGGGCUACAACGUUCCCGUGACCGUCACGCCCACCAAGCACAAGGGCAGCGGCACGUGCAACGAGCUCGUCGACCUCUCUCCAACGGCGCCCGACACGUACCUCUUUCCCGAAGACAACACCAAGACGCACGCGUGCCCGAUGGACGAAGCCUUCCUUGUGACUUUUUGUCCCAACGGCGGCGGUGGUGACGGCGCGUCAUGCGGGCGCGUCGAAGCCAACAUCGACUACUUUGGCAACGACAUUGGCCACUCGCUCGUCUCGGGCGACCACGCGGCGCAGGCGGCUGCGUGCUGCGCGUCGUGCAGCGCCAUGCAAGGGUGCGUCGGGUACACGGUCAACCAAGGCAACUGCUGGCUCAAGUCGUCCAUGAACAACCCGUCGUCCAGCUCGACGGCCUUUUCGUCCCGCCGGAAGAGCCACCUGCGCCGAUAAAUGAAGCAACCCAUUGACGAUACGCAAGAGAAAAUAUGGAUUAUUGAUGGAGUCACG